GAGAGGUGCAAAGUUUUAGGAUUUCAUAACAGAAAGAAACACCUUACAUAGCGAGUGAGCGAGCGAGCUUCUGCUACCAGAAACACAGAUAAAAAAGAAAGUUUGGUACCGAAACGCAUAGUGAUACCGAUGGAAGGAGGAGGAGGAGUGCGAAAGAGGAGUUGUUGCACGAUUCGGAAAAAUGACUUCCUCCCGGAGGAAUCGUUCAAGAGCUGGGAGAACUACACGACGGCGCUGCUGGAGACGCCGAGGAGACUGAAGGACCGAUUUCUCACGCGAUCCAGCGAGCGAGCGGAGAUCAGCGAGAUGACGACGCGAAGCAGCCAUCAGAUGAAGAAGACGCUCAACUGGUGGGACCUCAUCUGGCUCGGCGUCGGCUCCGUCGUCGGCGCCGGAAUAUUCGUCCUCACCGGAUUGGAGGCUAGGAACACCGCCGGUCCCGCCGUCAUCUUGUCGUACGUCGUGUCCGGUUUCUCCGCCAUGCUGUCCGUUUUCUGUUACACCGAGUUUGCCGUCGAAAUCCCUGUUGCCGGUGGUUCAUUUGCCUACUUAAGAGUGGAGCUAGGAGACUUUGUGGCCUUCAUAGCUGCAGGAAACAUCCUUCUUGAGUACGUAAUAAGUUGUGCCGCAGUGGCAAGGUCAUGGACCUCAUACUUCGCCACCCUCUGCAACAAAAACCCUGAUGAUUUUCGCAUAGUCAUGCAUAACAUGAACCCUGAUUAUGGCCACCUUGACCCUAUAGCUGUCGUGAUCCUUGCACUCGUAUGCAUCCUUGCGGUUUACAGCACCAAAGGCUCUUCAAUCUUCAACUACGUUGCCUCAGUCGUACACACAGUCAUCCUUGUCUUCAUAGUCAUAGCAGGUCUUGUCCAUGCCAAGCCUCAAAACUACGUACCCUUUGCACCCUUCGGUGUUAGGGGCGUCUUCCAAGCUUCGGCUGUGCUCUACUUUGCCUAUGUGGGGUUCGAUGCUGUUGCAACCAUGGCUGAAGAAACCAAGAACCCUUCAAGGGACAUUCCAAUUGGGCUUGUAGGUUCAAUGGUGAUAGCCACAGCGGCAUAUUGCUUGCUUGCAGCCACACUGUGCCUCAUGCAACCGUAUACCAAUAUUGACGUGGAUGCACCCUUUUCGGUUGCGUUCAGUGCCAUAGGGUGGGAUUGGGCUAAGUACAUUGUUUCAUUGGGGGCUUUGCAGGGAAUGACCACAGUGUUGUUGGUGACUACUGUGGGUCAAGCUCGGUAUCUGACUCACAUUUCACGUACACACAUGAUGCCUCCUUGGUUUGCUUUGGUGAAUGAGCGCACUGGGACACCUGUGAAUGCCACAAUUUCCCUGGUUCUGAUCUCAGCUGUGAUUGGUUUCUUCACUGAACUUGAGAUUCUCUCUAACCUCUUGUCAAUUUCCACUCUCUUCAUCUUCACGUUGGUGGCAGUUGCUCUCCUUGUGCGUAGGUACUACUCCAGUGGAGUCACAACAAAGGGGAACCAAAUCAAGCUCAUUGUGUUCAUUGUGGUGAUCAUUGUCUCUUCAUGUGGGAUUUCAUCUUAUUGGGCAGUAAGUGAUGGUUGGAUUGGUUAUGUUAUUCUUUGUCCAAUUUGGAUAUUGGCUACAGGAGGGCUUUGGUUUGUGGUUCCACAGGCAAAGGAGCCAAAACUUUGGGGGGUGCCUUUGGUUCCAUGGCUACCUUCCAUAUCUAUUUUUGUCAACAUAUUCCUUCUUGGAUCUAUAGAUAAAGGUUCGUUUGUUAGGUUUGGUCUUUGGACUGUGCUUCUCUUGGUUUACUAUGUCCUCUUCGGGUUGCAUGCUUCUUAUGACACAGCUAAGGAAUUUGAGGCGCAGCGUUGUGCCGAAAGGGAGUUGAACAGGUUGGAAGAUGGGGUCGUCUCUUCUACGUAG